AUAAACAUCUAACAAAUUUGUGAGACCCUUUCCAAGUAAUUUUGAUCACAUGUGUUUGAUCCAUGUGUCUUUUAAAGGUUCUGCUAACAGAGAUGAUGGACAGAUGCAAGAAGUUGGGCAACAAUGCUCUCCUGCUGAACUCUGUCAUGUGGGCAUUCCGGGCAGAAUUUGUUGCAACGAGAGCAACAGACUUUAUUGGCAUGAUCAAAGACUGUGAUGAAGCUGGAUUUCCCAAGCACUUGCUGUUUGCGUCUCUGGGUCGCAGUCUAUCCUGUGCCGACCCUUCAGAAAGCGAAAGACUCUCCAUACUCAAUGAAGCCUGGAAGGUCAUCACUAAAGUGCGCAGCCCAAGGGAUUACAUCAACUGUGCUGAGAUCUGGGUGGAGUUCACCUGCCGCCACUUCACGAAACGGGAGGUGAACACGGUUCUUGCUGACAUCAUCAAACACAUGACUCCAGACAGAGCUUUCGAGGAUGCAUAUCCACAGCUGCAGUCAGUGAUAAACAAGAUCCUUCCCUACUUCCAUGACUUCUCUGUGCUCUUCUCUAUGGAGAAGUUUUUGCCCUUUCUGGAUAUGUUCCAGAAAGACAGUGUGAGGGUGGAGGUGUGUAAAUCAAUCAUGGAGGUCUUCAUCAAACACCAGCAGGAAGUAACAAGAGACCCCGUCAUUCUCAAUGCGCUGCUGCACAUCUGUAAGACCAUGCAUGACUCUGUCAAUGCUCUAACUCUAGAUGAUGAGAAAAGAUCUCUGGCUCUUCUGAUCAACGGAUUUAUUCGCAUGGUGUCUUUCGGAAGGGACUUUGAACAGCAGUUGAGUUUCUGUGUGGAAGCCCGAGCGACCUUCUGUAAUCUAGAGCCCGUCAUCAUUCACCUGAUACAUACGGUGAAUCAGUUAGCCAUGGAGACCAGACGUGUCAUGAAAGGCAAUCACUCACGUAAAACGGCUGCUUUUGUCAGGGCGUGUGCUGCCUACAGUUUCAUCACCAUUCCAUCUCUCACGAGUAUCUUUAGUCGUCUCAACCUAUACCUGCUCUCUGGACAGGUAGCACUGGCCAACCAGUGUCUGUCCCAGGCGGACGCGUUUCUAAAGGCAGCGGUCAGUAUUUUGCCGGAAGUCCCACGUACCAUCAGCAUUGAGGGAAAACAGCGAUCAUCAGAGCCCUUCUUUCUUGAAUUCAUUAACAACUUUCUCUCCACACUGCUCGUAGUACCGGACCAUCCGGAGCAGGGUGUGCUGUAUCUUGUGCGAGGGCUCUUGAAUAUGGUGCAGGACUACACCUGGGAGGACAACAGUGAUGCCAAGGUCCGUGUCUACAUCAGCGCUUUGCCAUUGCUAGCAGCUAUGAGCCAGGAAAACUAUCUCUACACCAUUCCUAAAGUGGACUCCAAUGAAACCCUCUAUGGAGGAGAUCCCAAGUUCAUCGCAGAGAUCAACAAGUUAUGUGAGACUCUGAUUGGUCAGGUUCUGGAUCAUUUAAAGACCCUGGGCCGAGAUGAGGGAGUGCGCAGGCAGGGCAGUCUGGCCUUCUCUCUGUUCGGCUGUCUGUUGGCGCAUGGUGAUCUACGGAACAACAAACUCAAUCAGCUGGCUGUCAACCUGUGGAACCUCAGUCACAAACACGGCUUCUGUGAGACACGCACAUCAGUUCGGACUCUAGAGUAUAUCAAACAUCAGGCACAGCUGGCUGACAUGAGCCAUCUCUCUGACAUCACAGCACGUCUGUCUCUGCAGUCCCGAGCCUGACACGUGACGAAACCCUGAAACCAUUACUAAAAUUAACCUGUAAUUCAAUCGUCGGUCCCACUUUAUAUUAAGUGGCGUUAAGUACUAUGUACUGACAUAGAAAAAUAAGUACAGUGUACUUAUUAUGUUCAAGUUGUAUUGUAAAACACUUUUGCUGCUAUUGUGAUGUGAUAUGGGUAAGGUGGUAGGUAUAAGGGUUGGUUAAGGCUUAAGGCAAGGGUCAACUGGGUAAUUACAAAUGUAAUUACAUAAAUUAAUUACAGCUGUAAUUACAUGAUGGUAUUUGUAAAACAUAAGUACUAUGUAAAAACAUGUAUGUUCACAAUAGGUCCAUUGUAUCAAAUUAUUCAUUUCAAUGUAAGUACAUAGUACUUAAAGCCACUUAAUAUAAAGUGGGACCCAAUUUUCUACAGUAUGUCUUAUAUAAGAAAUCUAGUCAUGACCUAUUAAUAUUUCUUAUUGUCUAUAAUGUCAGUUUGCACUUGUUUUUGUACAGUUUAUGUGCAUAACAUAACAAUCAUGUCAUAAAAUACUGAAUCUAAAUCAUAA